AUGAACAAACGCCGUCGUGCACCACAUCACCGAAAUUCUGAUUUAAACAUUAGGAUCUCGAAUGUUUUAGCUGGCUGUAUGGAAGAUAUAAUGUUCACAGGAGAACCAAAGGUGGCAGAAAGUAUGGUCAAUGUGCUAAUGAUCGAAGAUCUCACAAGUGACAUGACAUCGAUCAGUUCAAUUCAAUCAGCAAUUCAGUCGGGUAUUGAAGAAGCGGUUACUAGGGUGAACGAAGCUAUUGAAGAAGCUCAAGCAGAAGUUUCACAAAUACUUGGUCUUACAACAACAACUAGUCCACUCUCGUCCGAACCACCCUCAACAACAACAACAAGUACCACCACAGUUACGACAUCAGCAACAACUACUAAUGCACAAACGACAACGACUCCUCCUCUUGCUUCUUUCAAGUGUGCUAUUUAUGAAAAUAUGUACAUUCAAACAUGGCAUCAUACAAAUGAAGCGUCACCACCUAUUAAAAACUGUGCUGGUUCUUCUGGAAACUUCGAAAUAGUCAAAAAUAAAUUUGUUAAAUAUACACUUCGUACAAGUGGUUCUAUCAUUGAUGAGUUAACACUCAUCUUGUUCGAUGAAGUAUCAACCAAAGCAAUUUGCACUGUAUCAGGUAUCGAUCAAGAUUUUGGUUGGAUGGAUUGUGAAGAGAAUGGCAUUAAUCCUUCAUUGAUAAAAACACCAACACAUGAAACAUUAACUGUAUACUAUGCCAAAGGAAACUUUACAACAAUUGUAACACGUGAUAUUGGAUUUAAUGUUGGUCGAUUCGUAAUCAAUGUCUAUCAAAGCCCCGAUUUAGCUAUUCCUUCAACCGUUCAAGGACAAGCAUCAAUAUAUGAAUGUAGUGUCGUUACAGGGCCUCAUAUUUCUACUUGGCGGUUAAAAGGUAACGACUUGGAACUAAACCAACAGCAAGGUUGUUAUAUGCCGUCAAUGGUGACGUUAGUAAAGAACGAGUAUGUUUAUUACAGAGUUAAAGUUAGUGGUAGCUGGAUCGUCGAAUCAGAAAUAUGGUUGUAUGAUGUUACUACAAAAGAGCACGUUUGUGUACUUUACUCUGAAGAUCUGGAAAUGAAAGCAGAUGACGGUGAUAAAUGUCGAGAACAUGGUAUAACAUGGGAAUCUAUAAAUAUUGGCACUCAUUAUACAAUGACUGUUACUUAUCCAAAAGUAGACUUCUUGACAACUAUACAGUUUGAUAAUACCUCACAACAAUAUGCGGCACACUUCAAUAUCUACGUGUGGCAGUCAGGUUCUUUGGUUGCUAAUUCAAUAGGUAUAUGUACGCAGUUUGAUCCAGAAUGUCUACCAACAACGACAACUAUUACCACUACGGUUACAACAUCAACAACAACAAGUACCACUAGAGUUACAACAUCAACAACAACUACUAAUGGUUAG